AUGGGUGUCCUCGAAUUGGUUCGAGGUCGUGACAACACCGCGAUGGUGUCCGACCUCGCUGGCACCGAGGAUCACAGACCUAAGAACAGCUCGCCUGAGAACCCGGAAACCUCGGGUAGCGAGUCCGACCGGAAGAGUCUCGAGGCACGGAAUGAGAAGGAAAUCGAGUUGCACCCGGAUCAGGUCACUGAGGGUGCUCAGCUGGGUAUUCAAAGGGCUGAAGCCGCUGCCUUGGUGUGGUCGAAGAAAGCGCUCGUCGCCACUUACGCCUGGAUUUGGGUUUCUUUCUUCAUGCUGGCCUUGCAAUCAUCGAUCAGCAGCAUUGCCCAGCAAACCGCCUAUGCUAAGUUUCAAAGCGCGCCUGCCGUCAGUACGGCCAACAUUCUGGCCAGCAUUAUCGGAGGUGUUCUCAAACUCCCCAUCGCCAAAACUCUGAACCUGUGGGGUCGUGCCGAGGGCCUGUGCGCCUCCGUCGCAGUCUACAUCCUCGGAAUCAUCAUCCUAGCGGCGUGCGAUGGCCCGUCUUCAUACUCGGCAGGCUAUGUCAUCUACUGGGUCGGCUACGACGGUAUCUACCUCAUUCUGCAGGUCUUCAUCGCCGAUACUUCUGGCUUGCGAAACCGAGCCUUCGCCUUCGCCUUCGCCAGUACUCCUUUCAUCUGCACCGCUUUCACCGGUUCGCUCGCGGGACAGAACUUUGUCGAUAACACUGGCGGAUGGCGGUGGGCCUAUGGUGCUUUCGCCAUAAUCAUGCCUUUUGUCUUCCUGCCCCUCGCCGUUGUCUUCAAGUACUACGAGAAAAAGGCCGUGAAAACCGGCGUGUUCAACCCUCCCAAGAGUGGCCGAACUGUGACCCAGUCUAUCGUGCACUAUUUGCAUCAAUUUGACGUGGCCGGUGCUUUACUGUUGAUGAUUGGUUGGAUCCUUAUCCUUUUGCCCUUCAGUUUGACAAGCUACGGAAGGGCGGAGUACAAGAGCGCCACCUUCAUCUGCAUGAUCGUCUUCGGAUUUGUUACUCUGCUGCUCUUUGCUGCCUGGGAGAAGUUCGUCGCCCGUGUGCAUUUCAUCAACUACGAAUUGCUCAAGAAGCGCACCGUUUUGGGUGCUUGCACCAACUCCGGUCUCCUCUUCUUCAGCUUCUACUGCUGGGAUCUGUAUUUCCUGAGCUUCUGUAUGGUUGUGUACAACCUGAACCAGGGCAUGGCUGGUUACAUGUUGCAGAUUUACAACGUGGGCUCGUGCUUCUGGGGUGUUGUCAUCGGUAUCUGGAUGCGGUUCACCAAGGAAUUCAAGUGGACCUCGUUGUGCUUCGGCCUUCCUCUGAUGAUUCUUGGUGCUGGUCUGAUGAUCAAGUUCCGUGGCGACGGCGGAACGGACGAUAUCGGUUACCUUAUCAUGAGUCAAAUCUUCAUUGCUUUCGGCGGUGGUACUUUGGUCAUUGGUAACGAAAUGGCUGUCAUGGCGGCUGCUGACCGUGAGGGUGUGCCUAUGAUGCUGUCCGUCCUGGGACUCUUCAGUAGCUUGGGUGGUGCCAUCGGCCAGGCUGUGCAGGCCGCCAUCUACAACAACGUCUUCGUCGAGGCGCUGGAGUCCGCCCUCCCUGAAAGCGAGAAGUCUCAGGCCAUGCAAAUCUCGGGGGAUGGCUACUUGAUCCAGCAGACUUACCCUCUUGGCUCCGACAAGCGCAACGCCGUCAACUACGCCUGGGGCCACAGCCAGAUGUUCGGUUGCAUUGCUGCCACCUGUAUCCUGGUCCUUUCCAUCCCUUGCAUUGCUAUGUGGAAGAACUACCGCCUCAACAAGAAACAGAACAAGGGUACUAUGCUUUAA